CAAGCACUUAUUAGGUAGGUGUCAAUUUGUUGUCAUGUUUAAAGUGAGCAAAUUAGAUAGCUGUACAAAAAAAAGAAACGGAUAAAACAAAGGUAAUUCGUCUAAUAAAUACGCUGAUUAGAUGGAUACAGAUAGGAACUAAGUACUUAUAAACGCAGCUAUUUCUAGAUAUACAACUUAGUGAUUCUUUCAAUACUACACAAACACAGCCAUGGCUUUCCAUAGAAUAGCUCUAUUGUUGGCUUUCGCUUUCAUAGCUGUUGCAUCAGUGAAUAGCACCAAAUGCUACAAAUGCAAUUCACUGUCUUGGGAAGGAUGUUCAGAGCCUCAGGAUCCUAAGUACCAUACCUUUGAAUGCAGUACGCCAAAAGAAGAUCCGGCAUGUGUACAAAUCACUUUUGUCCGAAGCAAGUAUUUUUACCUCCAUUAGCUGGAACGCAGGGAACUGCAAGAGGUUGCAUUGCGACAGGCUUGACGUGUGACGACCUUAAGAAAAAACUAGGUUUAUUUAAUAUAGAACUGAAAGACUGCAAGAUU